AAAAAAAAAAAAAAAAAAAGAAUUGGCAAUGAGCGCCGAAGUUGUUGCAGACUGUCGGUUUGACUGCUGAGGAGGACGUGAGUGGGAGAGAGAGAGCGCUGUUGCACACACAAAACCACAGAGAGAACCCACAAUUUAACCAACAUCCCCAACCCCAAGUUUUCAGCUGUUGGACCUCUCAGCCCCGGCGCUCGCGAUCGGCUGCGACCUUUCUUUAAACUGACGAAAGGCGUUCUACCAAAGACAGAGAGAUCUGAAGCUUGAAUGCCAUGCACUGAGCUUUUCUUUUCAUUUUUUCUCUCUUUUUUUUUCUUUUUGCGCAAGAAUGAUUGAAAGGUCAUGACACGAGCGCUCUUAGAGCAACGCCAACCAAACUACUGAAGCUCAUUUUCAAGGCUGCUUAAAAAAAAAAAAAAAUAGAAGAAGAAAUCUGGCGGAGAGCAUUAAUGGAUUCCUGUUGUGUUUAAAUUCUCCACAGAUUCUAUUGUAAAUAUUUGAUGAGGUCCGGUAGAUGUGUGUGUGCAUGAGUGUGUGGACGUGAAUUUCUACCCACAGUUGUAGCCAGCUGACCUUUGAUCAGCAAGCCGAGCUCGCGAUCCGCCUCCUCGGAAGAACAACCCCGAAUUUCUCUCAAAGAGCGAUUUUUGCCUCCGGAAGACGCCGGUGCCUUUUGGUUUCUCUUGGGACCAGAGAGAAAUCACCUGGAAGAAACUGCGAAGCGCGGGGUGUCUCUGACCGUGUCUCGUACUUGCCACCCUCCCUUUUAUUCUUUUUUUUCUGGGAGUUUGGGAUGAGUUUUGUCCCCGCUAACUUUCCGCGCUGCGGCCGCGGACUCGAUGCGCGGUAAAGCCGCGCCCGGACGACCCCUCGCGCUUAUCGGAUUAACGGGAUCUGUUCCGCCUCGCCAGGAAGCCAAGAGUUAAGGCUCGGCGUGCUCGCUAUCAGCAAAAAAAUUAACUCGGGGGACUGGCGUAGGAACAAGUUUCCCGCGGGUGCUCAGCCCGCGCCCGUUUAUGUUGGUCCCCGGAGAGCGGCUCGCUGAAGAGUUGCGCUCGUCCGGCUGUUUUGUAGAAACUCUGUGGAGGUCUGUGGCUCACCAGGCUUGUUGUGAUGCGUAUCCCCGUAGAUACCAGCACCAGCCGCCGCUUCACGCCGCCCUCCACCACGCUGAGCCCGGGGAAGAUGAGCGAGCCGCUGCCGCUGCCCGGCGCCGAGCACAGCGGGGCUUUGCCGGGGAAGCUGCGCAGCGCCGACCGCAGCAUGGUGGAGGUCCUGGCGGAUCACCCCGGGGAGCUGGUGCGCACCGACAGCCCCAACUUCCUCUGCUCCGUGCUGCCCACCCACUGGCGCUGCAACAAGACGCUGCCCAUCGCCUUCAAGGUGGUGGCCCUGGGGGAUGUCCCUGAUGGGACCCUGGUGACGGUGAUGGCCGGCAAUGACGAGAAUUACUCGGCGGAGCUGCGCAACGCCACGGCCGCCAUGAAGAACCAGGUGGCGCGUUUCAACGACCUGCGCUUCGUGGGCAGGAGCGGCCGAGGCGGGGACUGUUUGCCUUUGUGCGGGAUCUCGGAGCUGCUGUUCUGUGGGAUUGGGAYGGAGCCUGCAGCGUGAGGUGGCCGCUUCAAAGGGCACUGCUGCCUUUGAUACAUCGCUGCAGGAAAAUGAGCCCGAACUUUGUUUGCCGUGGAAUAUUUGAGCUGGGAGAAGUUCAGUGCCACCGCUGAUAAUGCCGUGCCAGGGGCGUUGUGCGAGCAGGGACCGAGAGUUCGCGUUGGUUCAGGGCACAGGGGAGGCUCCUUGCAUCCAUCAGGGGGUUGAAAAUCCCAGUUUUAAAUCCCCGAUGGAGAAUCAGGAGUGGCUGUGACCGAGGUGUAGCCACCCCUGCUAAAAUCCCCUCAGCACCCACAGCUCUGUCCUUUCCAAGGAGGAAACUCCCAUUCUUGAUGCUCUUAAUAAAUAAUUUCAAUUUCCUUCUGUGAAAUCCAGCCAGACAGCCUGUGUCCAACAUUAUUUUCCAUGUUUUCCUCCCACUUGUGGGAGGGUCACAAGGAGUAUCCCUGAUCAAUAUUUGACACCGAAUAUCAGCCAAACUUUCAGCCUCGUUUCAUGUCCAGCACCCAGAGGCUGCCCYAUGCUCCUCAGCUUUGUUUAGAAUUAAAAACCCCAAAAUAUUUUAUUUUCUUCAUUCUCAGAAUAGGAGCAACACUGUCACAGGUCACCCGAAGCCUGGAGCUGUGGUAGGAAAGCAAUUUGGCUCCUUUUCCUCAAUAAAACAGAUUUCCAUUGGAUUUGGCCGGKAUCCAGGGCUCCUGUUCCUCAGCCCAGUUGGAGAAUGCUACUGGGCAAACCUGCCCGUCUGGCUGGGGAGCCCCACCAAGACAUUUCUGAAAGAAAAACGUCCUUUUGAAACUUCAGCCAACCUCAGCCUGCCCCCUCGGCCUGAUUACCU